AUCGUGUGUCACACAGCCAGAUAUUCAGAAUUACACUGUAAUGGUAUCGACGUCUUUGUCGCUGCUUUACAUCGGGGCCUGGUUUUCCUGUGGCUGAUGCUCUCAUAAGGAGAGCAGGAGGAGUACACAUCUUGGAAAUUUUGGUGUUUCUGUACCGGCAGUUGGCAUCUGGGGCUGAAGUUUUUUCCUCCUCAGUUGAGAAGAUAAGCGCUAGCCGCUAGCUAGUGCGGUGAGAUUUGCGAGUGCAGCCCAGGAGGCUAACCACCUGUGGGUUAGCAGUAGCGGAAGCAGCAGAGCGCUGGUGACGGCUGCAAGCGAUCAGGUGAAAGCGGUUAUCAUUUCUUUGGCGGAUUCAGCGCAGCUGGCGCGAAUGGGACACGCUAGCCUUCACAGUCGGCCUGGAUGGGAGAGGGAGUGACCAUGGAGAACCUUUCCGAGUUUGGUGGCCUUUGUCCGUCCAACCGGAGGGAAUGGGACACUGGUAGCUGUGUGGACGACUUAAUGGAUGAGGAUGAGAAAGACAGAGCAAAAAGAGCGUCCCGUAAUAAAUCGGAGAAGAAGCGCAGAGACCAGUUCAAUGUGCUCAUUAAGGAACUGUGCACCAUGCUGCAGGGGCAGGGACACCCCCGUAAAAUGGACAAGUCCACCAUCCUGCAGAGGACCAUCGACUUCCUGCAGAAACAGAAAGAGAUCACAGCUCAGACUGAAUCGUGUGAGAUCCGGCAGGACUGGAAGCCCUCCUUUCUCAGUAACGAGGAAUUCACCCAGUUAAUGCUUGAGGCAUUAGAUGGUUUCCUCAUAGCACUCACGACAGAUGGGAAUAUAAUCUACGUGUCUGAUAGUGUCUCAUCUCUCAUUGGCCAUUUGCCGUCAGAUAUGGUGGACCAAAACAUCCUGAAUUUCCUUCCGGAACGAGAGCAUGGAGAGGUCUACAAACUCCUCUCUUCACACAUGCUGAUGACUGACCCCAUCACCGCAGACUUUCUUGACAAUGAGGCACACAUUGAGUUUUGCUGUCAUUUAGCCAGAGGAAACAUAGAUCCAAAGGAACCUCCCACAUACGAAUAUGUCAAGUUUGUCGGAGACUUCAGAUUUCAUAACAAUGUGCCUACGUCAUCAUGUAACGGCUACGAGUUGACCUUCCCUCGGACGCUACAGUCAUCUCUGGAGGAGCAGGUCUGUCUGGUGGCCACUGUUAGACUGGUCACCCCACAAUUCCUUAAGGACCUGUGUAAUGUUGAAGACCUGUGUGAUGAGUUUACCUCCAGACAUAGCCUUGAAUGGAAGUUCCUGUUUUUAGAUCACAGAGCCUCUCCCAUCAUUGGCUAUUUGCCUUUUGAGGUACUGGGAACCUCAGGUUACGAUUACUAUCAUGUGGACGACCUGGAGCUUAUAGCGCAGUGUCACAAACAAUUGAUGCAGUUUGGGAAGGGAAAGUCGUGUUACUACCGUUUCCUGACUAAAGGCCAACAGUGGAUCUGGCUUCAGACACACUACUACAUCACCUACCACCAGUGGAACUCCAAACCGGAGUUUAUUGUCUGCACACACACUGUCGUCAGCUAUGCAGAGGUGCGAGCCGAGAGGAGAAGAGAGUUUGGGCUGGAGGAGAGCUCCUCUGACAUGGCCACCUCUUCUAUAAAGGGUAAAGAGGUGUAUCUGGAUAUCUGUCCCCAGUUGGAUGCUCCGCGGGACAGAAUGAGUGGAGCCCACUCUGUGUCUUCACACAGCUCUCGCAAAUCACCACACACUGUGCUUUCAGACUCAGCCUCAAAUUCAUCGAACAGAUACACAGAGGCCUGUACGUCGUCACGGCAGUCUGCCUCCAUCGGAGCAGAGAAGAACUCCAGCAGACUGUCUCACAGCGGCUCAAAGACCCUGUUACAGAGGCGGAGUUCCUCUGAGCCCAACCCUGUUCCUCUGUCCCCCUCCUGCAGUCAACACUCCAUCAUGCAGCAGCAGCAGCAGCAGCAGCAGUCUGUGUACCCGUUCCAGCAGCCCCAGCUGGGAGUCAUGCAUCAGCUCAAGGAACAGUUGGAGGAACGAACACGCAUCUUACAGGCUGACAUCAAAACACAACAGCAAGAGCUCCAUGACAUUAAAGAGAAACUGCAGCUGGCCAACCUACAGAUGUUGCUCCAGCAGCCCAUGCCUGGUGAUUUUGUGGGGGGUGCUGUCCCUCCCCAGCAGCAGGGUCCUGGCCGGCCGUCACAGCAGAGCCAGGCUGGAGUGAUUAGACACCCAAAACCCCCUCUCUGUGGAGCCCACAGCACCUCAUCCCACUCACUGCUCAGAGAACAGCCCGGCAGUUCCUCUGCACAGGUGCAGCAGAGGCUAGUUCACGGUGCUCGGAUGCAGGCAGUGAGCAUGCCUAUGCAGACACACACCAGUCUGACCACGCCCUUUUACAGCAACCCAAUGAUGAUUUCACACAACAGCAGCAGGGCCACACAGGACUCCAACCAAAGACAUACACACUCAGACUAUGGCCCAGAUGGACAGCUACGAAUGCUGCUGAAUCAGCCAAUGCAAACACUCGUACCUGACAGCAGUGGAGGCUCUCAGCAGGCUCAGUGUAACACAGCCAUCCAGCAAACCAAAUACUCUCUGGAGCAGCAGAUGAUGGCCUCUUCCUUCCCGGUGCAGCAGAUGAACUGUAACGCAGUACUUGUCCCCUCCCCCGUUUUCACCUCACCAAUCAUGAUCCCUCACAACAGUUUCAUCACCCACCAGGCCCAGCCCACCUACACGCCACAUCCCCAGAGCACCCAGCAUGGCCUGCAGCUCCAACAGCCACAGCAGUUCUUUCAGAUGCAACCCCAGGGACUGCUUCACAGCGGACCCACUCAGACUUUCUUCCACACCACUAACAUCCCACAGCAAGGCACUGUGGGAUAUAUCCAGCAACAACAACAACAACAACAGCAACAACAGCAACAACAACAGCAACAACAACAACAGCAACAACAACACCAACAACACCAACAGCAGCAGCAGCAGCAGCAUCAUCAUUCCCAAGCCCAGUCAGGCAAUAUGUCAGACUUUAGGAGCAUGUUGCCGCGGUAGCGCCCAGCCCAGGGAGGAACUCAGAGGCUACUGGGCACGCCCACAGGGCCGGCCAUGCCCUGUGGAGCCAUUUAAAGGGAUGAUGCUUAGGGGCACAAGGAAAUUGGACUUGAGGCUGGGCGAGGCAUUGCUAAUGCCACGAUGUCUAAACAAAACAAAACAAAAAAAGAAAGAAAAUAAAAAGCCAAAGUCCCUCUGUUGCCAUGGCAGCACCCUGAGGGUUAACCUCACACUGAGCCGGAAGGCCCCGCCUCCUCUUAGACUGUGCGCAGAAAAGGAUGCUGGGAUAUGGGGCGUGGCUCACCCAGGGCACGAGGUCUCUAGAGCACACACCAGACCAGUGUAAUGGAGUUUUUCCUGGCAUGCCCUUGCAAUGCGGUCGUCAUGGCGAUUGUGUCACACUUCAUGACUGCCAUAUUGGGGAGAUAAUCCCCCAGAAGAUUUGGUAUUAACAAACAAAUAAACAAACCAGUGCUUUGUUAGAGAGAGAAGAAAAAAAGAUAAUAUUUCAACACAGAGAAAUGGGUUGAUAUUUUUCUAGAUGAGGUGCUGUUAGUUUUGUUCCUCACUGUAAAUGUUACAGCAAGUUUAUGUUGUCUGAUCUGUGUUCACACCCAUCUUUAACAAACAAACAAACAAAUGCCUUGACAGAGAAACAGGGACAGGCCCAGUUCCCCGGGGAUAGCCCUGAAUCAAUGAAUCUGAGUUACAGGUUCCCGGUUAGAGACAUCCAAUCAGACACAAGCCUGUGCAAUCAUCACCUCAAUCUCUUUGUGUUCACAAACUGACUAGAUUUAUGAUUCUUUACAAAUAAUUCUGCAGACAGCUUUGUUUCAGACAGCUCCAUAUAAAUCCACGCAGCAGUCUGUUUGGUGACUUAGUUUAUACAUACAGUUUAUACAGUUUAUCACUUUUUGAGUCAAGAUUUAAGAUCUCUAAAAUCAGCUGGUGGAUGUAAGAAUGCAGAACAACAAUAAUAGACAGUCGCUUGAGGCAGUUCCACUCUUUAGUCAUAUUUCAGCUCAUGCUUCAGUUCGGUUUCUGCACCCAAAUAUCUUCACCCAGUUAGUUAUGAUUUAUACUGCCACCCCUCAUUGGAGAGUGGUUAAUAAGAGGGCAAAUUAAAAGUUGUUCAUGUGAUUAAUCAUGUUGUCAGUCCUGCAGCUGGAUUCUGUCUCUGAAUUCAAACAUAGGACAGUUUAUUAUUUCUUCUGACGCUGUUUGUCAGUGUUUCAAUUUAA